AUGGAUCCAAUGAAGUACUUAUAUGGAACACUAAUGCUAGUGGGGAAAUUAGCAAGAUGGUUAAUCUUGUUAUCUGAAUUUGACAUUGAGUAUGCUACAAAGAAGACUGUCAAAGGAAUAGCAGUUGCAAAUUUUCUAGCAGCACAUCCAGUUGAAGAUGAUGAACCAUGGGAAAUUGAUUUUGCUUAUGAACAUUUGAACUUAAUAGAGAAGAAAGAAUGGAAGCUCUACUUUAAUUGGUCAGCUUACGGUAAAGGAGCAGGAGUAGGCGCCUUGUUAAAUCUCCACAUGGAAGUAAAGGAAGAUAGGCUGAAGCCAUACAUUGACUAUCUACAUGUUGUUGGUCAGAACUUCACAAAAGUAACCUUCGCGCACACUAGCAGAGUGAAUAAUAGAGUUCCAGAUAGUUUGGCAAAUUUAGCAUCAACUUGGGAAGAAAUAUCGUCUAUGCCCAAGAAGCCUUUCAUAAUGUCUUCGGGUAGCAUCCUGAGUUAUGAAGGAGAUCAGAUUGUGGAUUUUGAGGAAGAUGAUCAACCAUGGUUUAUCCCGAUUCAACUACUAGAGAUGACAAACGAGCUUUGCAACACUUGA